CAUACCACCCAACUAAUCUGUCAAAAAAAAUUCAAGUGUGAGGUUAGUUAUGUGAUAAAAAUACUUUUCUCUUUCACCAAUUUGCUAUGGCAUAUCGUCUCAUUAGUAGCAGCAAAAAACUAGAAAAAUUGCUAUUUAGAAACCUCAAACAAUGCAACUUUAACGUAAGCAAAGAAAAUUCAACAUUUCAAGCCGUACUAAACCAAUGGAGACUGUUUUGCGAAAAACCGCCUAAAGGAUUUGAAAAGUACUUUGAGCCUGGUUCGAAACAGAAGGGGAAAAGUCCGAAAAGUGAGCCCCCGAAAGAGGCUAAAAAAGAUGGCAAGCAGGAGAAGGAGCAAGAGCAGCCUAAGCCGCCCCCGAAGCCACCAGGGCCAAAACCGUACGACCAGUGGUCUUUCGGGCUAUUUGGGGGCACCGGUAGCCGGGGGAGCGGUGGGAAGCCGUUCGGGGACGGCGAUCGAGACAAGUGGUACAUUCUGGGGGCAGGAGCCGCCAUUGCGUUUCUCGCAACUGUGACUAUGUGGGAAAUGGGGUACAAGGAAAUCAGUUGGAAGGAGUUUGUUCACAGUUAUUUGACACGAGGCAUUGUAGAAAAAUUAGAAGUUGUUAAUAAGAAGUGGGUGAGGGUGAGACUCCUCCCCGGGAAUACCAUUGACGGGGCUAAUUUUGUAUGGUUUAAUAUUGGUAGUGUUGAUUCGUUUGAACGCAAUUUGGAGAAUGCCCAAAUUGAGAUGAAUGUAGAACCACCGAAUUUUGUACCAGUUAUUUACAAGACUGAAGUGGAAGCUGCAAGCUUGUCGGGGGUUUUACCCACGAUUCUUGUUAUUGGUUUUUUGAUCUACAUGAUGAGACGAUCUGCCGAAAUGAUGGGGGGCGGAAAAGGGAAGAGGAAAGGCCUUUUUGGGAGUGUCAUGGAGAGCACAGCCAAACUCAUCAACUCCAACGAAAUUGGAGUCAGAUUCAAAGACGUGGCUGGUUGUGAGGAGGCCAAAAUCGAGAUAAUGGAAUUCGUCAACUUCCUCAAAAACCCCCAACAGUACAUCGACCUGGGGGCGAAAAUCCCUAAAGGCGCCAUGUUGACGGGCCCCCCAGGCACGGGUAAAACCCUCCUAGCCAAAGCCACCGCCGGCGAAGCCAACGUCCCCUUCAUCACAGUCUCGGGCUCCGAAUUCCUUGAAAUGUUCGUGGGCGUAGGCCCUUCACGCGUCCGCGAUUUAUUCUCAAUGGCCCGCAAACACGCCCCUUGCAUCCUCUUCAUCGACGAAAUCGACGCUGUGGGCCGCAAACGUGGGGGCCGCAGUUUCGGGGGCCACUCCGAACAGGAGAACACCCUCAAUCAACUCUUAGUCGAAAUGGACGGUUUUAACACAACGACAAACGUCGUAGUUUUAGCCGCAACAAAUCGUAUUGACAUUUUAGAUAAAGCGUUAUUACGACCGGGCCGGUUUGAUCGACAAAUUUUCGUUCCGGCCCCUGAUAUUAAGGGCCGUGCGAGUAUAUUUAAAGUACAUUUAGGGCCGUUGAAAACUAAGCUUGAUAAAGGGGAAUUGGCGAGGAAAAUGGCGGCGCUAACUCCGGGAUUCACCGGUGCUGAUAUAGCGAAUGUUUGUAACGAGGCGGCGUUGAUUGCGGCGCGAGAUUUAAACGAGUCGAUUAUUAUGAAGAAUUUCGAGCAAGCGAUUGAGAGAGUUGUUGCUGGGAUGGAGAAAAAAACGAAUGUUUUGUCACCGGAGGAGAAGAAGACAGUGGCGUAUCAUGAGGCGGGGCAUGCUGUCGCGGGGUGGUUCCUCCGCUAUGCUGAUCCCCUCCUUAAAGUGUCUAUAAUCCCGAGGGGGAAGGGUCUUGGGUACGCCCAGUACUUGCCCAAAGACCAGUAUUUGUACAGUAGAGAGCAGUUGUUUGAUAGGAUGUGCAUGACGCUCGGGGGGCGUGUCUCCGAGGAGCUUUUCUUCAAUAGGAUCACAACGGGGGCCCAAGACGAUUUGAAGAAGGUCACACAGAGUGCCUACGCCCAAGUGGUGCAUUACGGAAUGAACGAGAAAGUGGGUAAUGUGAGUUUUGAUAUGCCGAGAGAGGGGGAAAUGAUCAUGGAGAAGCCGUAUUCGGAGAGCACUGCGCAGAUGAUUGAUGUGGAAGUGCGGAAUUUGAUCGAGGAGGCGCACAAGAGGACGACGGCGCUGUUGACGGAGCAUAAGGAGAAGGUGGCGCGCGUGGCGGAGCGCCUCCUCAAGCAGGAGAUUAUCAGCAGGGAGGAUAUGAUCGAGUUGUUGGGGAAGAGGCCAUUCCCCGAGAAGUCGACCUAUGAGGAGUUUGUCGAGGGGACGGGGUCGUUGGAGGAGGAUACGAGUCUGCCGGAAGGACUGAAGGAUUGGAAUAAGGAGAAAGCGGCCGAGCAGCAGCCGCAAAAGUCGCAAGUUUGAGGUGUAGAGUGGGGACUUUUUGAGUUGAAAAUUUAAUAAAUUGUAUUUAAUAUAGAAGUUGUCUGUUUUAUUUGUUAUGUCAAUGUAAGAUGGCGGAAAUAAACGUACAAGUGAUUUUA